AGGAUUAUCAAUCGGCAUCCCGUCGCACAAGGGCCACCCCCCAGCCAUUUCUUCCAUGAUACACCUGCAUUGAAUAUCGUAUUAACAUGGCUCCGCCUCUGAACUUGCUAAUCCGCGCCCUUGUGGCCUUCGAGGACGUGAUUAUCCGCCAGAUCCUUAGAAGUCCCGGCUUCCAUCGCGGCGUCGGCCGAAUCCACCGGUAUGUCGACGAGAAGCGGAAUGGGCCUAUGCCGCAUGAGCCGCUACGGCAAGGACAGGCAACUGCGAAUCCUGAAGACCGAGGCUUUUUGCAAUACUUCAUCGAGGAGCUGAAGAAUCAGUUCCGAGGGACGACAAAUCCGCCCCCGCCGGGGCCGCCGAAGCGAUGAAUGAUUCGAUUCAAGAGGGCAUACACUGCCGCGUGUUGAAAAUAUCUUCACGAGACAGAAGUGCAUACUGUAAUCUGGUCUGGUUUGGCGUCCGCGUGCAGACCAACCUGGCGCCGGCAUCACGUUAUGAAAAAGCUACCAGACGAAGUCCCUGAAGCGAAGGAUAUAGCGAUGCCUAUGCGUUUCAUUGAUUGGGCCAUAGAGGCGGCCCGGAACUCUACUCAACAAUCACCUAUUAUGAUACACGGACCUUAGGAUAGCCAGCGAUAUCGGGACACCUAACUUUUAGGAUUACUGGGAGAGCAUUACGCCGAGCCCGCGAGGCGCCGUCAGAUUCUACCCAAUGACGUGGGUCAACAUGAUGGCUAGAGGUUGGCAGACCCCAAAGAAUUCAUCACGCCAGCUCAUGAGGGCCGAAGAAAGGGUAUGAGAAAAGCUGCCCGCUGUGUGCUCAGAUCACAACGGCUCGGCGCUUUCAGUGCGGGGCCGGCAAAUCGGGUCGAUCAGCGUGCCGGGAGCCGUCCAAAAUAUGAGCUGCGAAGUGUAUUCGUCUGAUGUUGACGAACUGCCCCCAUGACUCGGAAGGAACCGAGCAGCUCGCAGAUAUCCAUCUCCCCUCCUAGGCGAAUAAUUGCCUUUUGGAGAUACGUAGUAGCGAAUAGCAUGAUGAUCCGAAGAAAGGAAAACAAGCUUUCCAGAUCCGGG